AUGGGGCGUGAAGCGAAGUUACAUCUGGGGUAUAUAGAUGGAAACAUGGUGUCCUGGAUGCGUAUACAUAUUGGUAUUGGGUUAGUUAGUGUUGGACUGGCCGGGCUGUUUAGAACUAGCUUGGCUGCUGGCAAUGGAUAUAGCUAUAGCUGGGGGCAGUCGGGAUUCCUUGAUGGGGCUGGAAGUGGGUUCUACCAGACUCUUUUAGACCGCUCGCCCAAACUUGGACCGGCUGAUGGUGCCAUUUAUGAUUAUAGUCGGCUGCUGUUGGGCAAUAAGAAUGUUGGCUAUCUCUAUAGCGUCAAGCACCAUAAGUUAUUGGGCGUGCAGUCGCAGUCGCACAUGUCGUUCCGCACCGAACGCUUAGGCUUUGGGCGGGGGUAUAAAAAGCUGUUGUUUGCCCUAUUCCGCAUGGGCAGCCACCAAAUGCGCCCUUUUGUUUUUCUGGUUAAUUCUCGAGAUAUAUCUGCCGAAAUCAAAAAUAUUGAGCAGCGGUCGUUUCCUUACCAUGACAACCAUCUUUUGGAAACAGUUCCGGGCAUAUCUAAUCUCCAAGGAAACCUUGAACUAUCUAAAUAUCCAGAGUCAUUUAGCACCAAGCUGUUCCGGAUAAGACAGGUCAAAGAAGCCAGCCGGUGGGGAUACACUUUCACGAUCCAGUCUCUUCUUGAUGGCAAGUAUGUGGUGGCUUCAAAAAGGAACCAGGACGUUGAGUUGCUUGAUGGGGAGGCCUGCGACGAAGACCAAUUGGCUUGUUGGUUCCGGUGGAUUCCAAAAGGAUACCUAGACCGGUACCGCUAUUAG